UCUAUUUUUAUUCAUUUCGUUUGAUGAUAUCUCAUAUCUCCCUGUUACAUCAAGCAGGUUUCGAUUCGAGGUAGAGACUAGAGAGAGUCUUCAAGCAGGUUUGGGCUAAUUGCUUGAUUUCUAGUUCAUGGCAUCAGAGUCUUCAAACUCUGCUGAGGGUGUCCAGCGCCCUAAAAGGUCAUUAGGAUUUAUGGCAAAUGCCAUGAAACGGAAGGAUAGCUUCAUUCAACUCUUUGUCAUGACUGGAAUCCUACUACUAAGCAUGAGAUCUCUAGGCCAGAAAUACCGCAUCAAUGGUCUUCUUGAGGACACCUCUGCUCUCAGAGAAGAGCAUGAAACCCUUGCAGAAAGGAUGAAAAGCAUCAAAAGUAGUCUCCUCCAUGAAGCAGCUCUUGAUUCUACUGGUGUCUUUGCUUCCAGGCUUCAGUUCCUCUUUGAUGGUGAUACAUGAUUUGGAAUACCAAUUACUAAGUACUAAGUUCAUCAAUUCUGGAAUGGAAACCUCCACAUGGAACAGUUAAGAUUAUUUUCUUUUGCUUUGUUUGUAGAUCUGAUUCAGGGACAUGUCUUGCUGCUGCAGGGGGAUGUUGCUGGUGCUCUCAAUGUAUUUUGGAAGCAGAAAUGUUGGCUAUUUUGAAAGCUAUUAACUUUACUAAGUAGAGGAGCUGGCAGUGUCUUAUUGUGGAGUUAGACUCGUUAAUUGCAAUCGCUGCUCUCAAAUGGAGGGUCUACUGGUUUUCCUUGGACCUGUUUUUGGAUGAUAAUAUAAGAUUAUGCUUUAUACAUCUGGCUUUGGAUCUACUUGUUUUAGUUCAUGGUUCUAGGCAUUGUAGCCCAAGAAAGAAAAUAUCAAAAUUCUGAGGUGGUUCGGGGUUAAUAAAGUCCACCUCCAUGGAUUUUUGGUGGUGUUAUUGUCACUGUAAUAUCCUUGAUGAAAUAGUUAGUUUAUCCAACAAAAUUUGAGCUGGGUUUUUUUCA